GCAGUCCCUGGAGGUUUUUCAUUGUCCAAAUAGCACAAGUUGUCUACUCUAGGCUGUAACUUGGAUCGUGUUUACCACGUACCGCUGUGCGAAGAUGGACCACGAUGAGUCUUCGAAACCACAAACAGCCGGCAAUAUUUUUAUUGAUAAUUUCAACUGAAGGAUGAUGUGGUACUUCCACUCGUCCUGUCAUGGGAGUAACAUAUCUCUCAGAUGUACAGCUUCAACUGCCAUCCGUAAUCCUGACACUUUUGACAAUGGCAUUGUCUUCAGUGACACCAACCUCCAAGCUGGUUCAGUGGUGUCCUUGUUCUUCAAGAAAAAAAACAACCGAUGGGCAGGCAUGCCUCGCGUUGGCUUCACCAACCAAAAUCCAGACCAGGUUAACCCACUGUCACUCCCAGCCAUCUAUAGUCAAGAGGUGUCUUACCAGAGCCAGACAUGGGUCAUAUCCCUAGAGAAGGCUAAUGAAAAUAUUUUCAUUGAUUACACCUUUGAUGAGAUGGGACUUGUUAGGAUCAGUCAGCGAGGAUGGCCAGAAAAGUUAGUGGACACACGAGGAGCAGUUAAUUUCAAGAAUUCAGUGUGGGCCACUGUUGAUCUAUCAGGCUGUUACACUUGUGUUAUGAAAAAUGACAACAGUACCUACAUGCCCAAAGAGAUAAUAGAGCAAGGAGUACAAGCACAGCAAGUGUAUAUUGAAGAAUUGUCGAAGGGCAGCAGAAGUGUACGUUUGACUAAACUGGUGCUGAUUGGCCAAGGAGGGGUAGGGAAAACCAGUGUAAUGCAAAAGCUGACCAACUUCAGAUCUGAUGUCUUGGAAAGCUGUGCUGGUGGCAUUGAUGUCUUACUCAGUGUUAGAAUUGAUGGGAUGAGGUUUUGGCAUUAUCAUGGAGAAGUCCGAGUUACAAGUGAAGGGAAAGGUAUGGCUGAAGCCUCUGGUCAUGAGUUACCUGUUGAUGGAGACGCCCUUCUGAAUGUCUGGGAUCACACAGGACAGGACCUAGUUGACCUUACACACCAGGUAGUUUAUUCGCACCGUGCAAUUUUCCUUUUUGUUUUCAACCUCACGCAUGAUUUGGACAAAGCAGCAGUUUUUGAAGUUACUGGAUCUAAUGGGCAGGCCACUGAACAACAUGAACUGACUAACUUGGAAUGCAUGAAUCUUUGGAUGCAGACAGUACACAUGUACACCAGUACUGCCAACCAGUUCUCUCAGAGAACAUCACCUGCAAUUAUCGUUGUUGGAACUCAUAGAGGUAGCCUUGGCAGAGAAACAACGGAACAGGUUGCUGCCAAGUUUUCAAAAAUCAGGGAUUUGCUUAGAGAUGCUCCAUAUAGGCAGCAUGUCAUGAGUAGGCAUUUUGCAGUAGAGAACAGCCUUGAAGACUGCAGUGAUGCUGAGAUUGUAGGUUUAAGGACACUGAUAGAGGAUUUGUGCUUUUCAGAGGAUAUGAGGGAGGAGAUCCCUCUGAAAUGGCUGCAGUUCGAAGAGGCCAGAUUACGUAACCCUCCUGUUAUGUCUGUUGCUAUGGUCCGUCAAAUUCUUCAGAAAUCUAUUGGAGACUUUUCCAAUGCUGAGCUAUUGACAAUGCUGAAAUUCUACCAUGAUAUUGGUCAGAUUCUCUUCUUCGAUGGACAGACAGAGGCCCAUCCAAACCUGAUGCACAUGGGUGGUAUUCUUGCUGAUCGAUGUUGGCUGAUCAAGUUGUUCAGAAUGUUUCUAGCUGUCCCUAAGCUAAAGGAUCAGUCUCCAGCAUUCACAAGAUCUUGGAAAAGGUUAAAUGAAGAGGGAAUUCUGGAGGAAACUUUGAUCAACCACUUGUGGAGCGGUACACUGAAUGAGAUCCAGGAAUGGCAUGUUGGCGAUGCAUUAGAUACAAAGCAGGCCUUGUUGAGCCUCAUGUGCAAGUUGGACCUUCUCUGCGAACGAUAUUCACUCCAUCAGAGGGGUCCAGCAGGUGAUCAGAUGGAAACCAGUGAUGUACAGGAAACCACCGAGAGAACAUAUUUUGUUCCAACUGCACUACAUAAAUCUUCCGUGAUCAAAAGGGAUCCACAGAAUCCAGCAUCUUACUUCAUCUUUUAUGUGGAUUUCAAACAGAUUGUACCUGAGAGUUUGUUUAAUCGGCUUGUUGUGCAUGCACUGGCAUGGUCUCAAACACAAGAUGGGACAGAGCAACUGCCCAGGAUUGCUUAUAGAUAUGUUUGUUUCCCUGCUGACGGUGACCAUGAUGUUGAGAUGGAAAUGUCACCUCUCAAGCAGGCCCACAUCAAGGUAUGUGUAUCAAAGCAUGCAGUAGUCAGCACAUCAGCACGAGGGCCUACAAGAUUGAUUAAAUCACAGUCGACACCAUCACCUCUUGUAAUGUGUAAGGUCAAGGAUUUUCUCGUUGCUACAUUUGACGCAAUCAAGUCUAUGUCAGCUAUAGGGCUCAAGUUUGGCUUCUCUAUACCAUGCCCUUGUGAUCCAGAGGGCUCUCUACACUUUCUGCCACUGAAUGACUGCCUGGAGAAGGAACGGAUAGGUUGCCAGCUGUCUGGUGUAAGAAUAGACACCAUGGGAGUUAAACAGAUGUUUGCUGACCUGGGUACAUUGCCAGCAGAGAUACUUGAUCCAUAUGUAAUGAGCGAGAAACAUCUGAGAGCAGUUGCUGCUGAGCUUGGCCCUGAAUGGCAGCACCUAGCAGUCAACCUGGGCUUCAACCAGUCCAAUCUCUACAGGUUCAAACACGACAACAGCAUCAUAGAUAAUGCUAUCUUUAGCAUGCUAGUGACAUGGUCACACAGAGAGGGACAAGAUAAGGGGAAGAAACUGCAAGUACUUAGUGAAGCAAUGGUUGCAUGUGGACGAAGAGAUGUAGUUGAAACAUUGCUGCAUCCUUAUAUGUAGAUUUAAAAAAAUUAUUGCUCAUGAGAAAUUGAAAUCAAAGUUUUCUCUUGUUUGAAAAUAUAACAGUGUUGUAAGAAUAAGUAACAGAAACUUGAGUGUAUCUAUGGAGGAUGAAAAGUGGCCAUUUGCUUUUCUGCUGCCAGAAUGGUAGAAAAACAGAUUUUAUGUUCUGGUA